AGUGCUGAUGAGCGCCGCAGUUUUCGCGCGGGGCGUGUGUGUUGUCGUUCGUCGCCAGAUUUUCGCGCGACCGAGAAGUUGGAGUUUCCGUGGGAAAGAUUGACGUGCUAGGUGGACCGCGCGAAAAUGCCGCCAAAGAAGCGGGAGAAGGAUCUGGACAGUCAGAAAGGACCUCGAAUGGACCAGUUCCAAGCCGAGCAUGAACUGUUUCUACAGGCCUUCGAAAAACCAACACAAAUUUACCGGUUCCUUCGCACAAGAAAUACACUUUCACCAAUAUUUCUGUACAGAAACUUAACGUAUAUGCAGCAUCGUAUGUCCAGAAGUCACAAAUCACGGCGUGCAUUUAAAAUCGACACAAUGUUGGACAAACUAGUAGCAAAACAGAAACAAGAACAGACCGUCAGCGUUCGCGGAUACAUAACUCUUACGUUUUUAGGAUUUUAUGAUAAAAGAGUUGAGGUAUCACAAGAUCCCGUCAAAGUGGAAACGUUAUUGUUGAAAAUUUGUCACAAAAAAAGAAAAGACGUCAGUUCGCCUAUUAUGCAAGUUUCAAUUGGUACGAGCGAAGUUCCAAUCAAUCCAUCCGAGAAUCAACCUCCGUCGAUGGCACCUACGAUUUCUAUACCAAAUGAAUCUUUCAGCUUGAACAAUGGUCAUAUAGCAAAGACUUACAUACUUUUGCUCAAGGUUUACUGCAUGUCUAACAACAGUUGCCUUAUAACUAACUGUGAUUUAGAAGAGCCAGCUCAGAAACGACGUAAGUCAUCCACUGGUUCCAUCAAGUCCAGCGAAGAAGUGAAACAGUACGGUUCAGAACUCGUUGUCUACGACAAACACAAUCGGUGCCAGUUAACGGAUGGCGAAUAUGAGUUAAGUUUACAAGAGGUACAGACCAGUAUCAGAUCUAGCCCCAAGAAGCACAGCUCUUGGGAAACUGUGCCUGAUAUCAAUGGAUGCCGCGAACCUUUCGAGACGUUCAUGCAAGGGCCGAAGUUAAAAUUUCGACUUAGUUGGACGACGGAGCCAAGCAACGGUUUAGUGGACAGGCCGAUGCCGAUACCUCCUAUACCGAGCGGCGACAAUAAAGAGAAUCGAUCGGCCAACGUUGGUGUCGAGCGUUCCUCUUCUGUAAAUCACAAUAAUAAUAGCACGAACAAUAAUAAUAACAACGCGACACUGCCAACGCCUAGUCCGUUAACAACCUCAUCAAGAAUAAGCGCACCAAACGAGAAAGUGGAUGCUAACUCUAACAAAGGUCAGCAGAUAGUGUAUCAAUUUUUAUAUAAUAAUAAUAGCCGGCAGCAAACGGAGGCCUGCGAAGAUUUACACUGCCCUUGGUGCUUAUUGAGUUGCGGCAAACUGUACUCGCUUCUGAAGCAUUUGAAGUUAUGUCACUCGCGAUUUACAUUUACAUAUGUGCCAAUUCCACAAGGUGCCCGAAUAGACGUAGCAAUAAAUGAAUGCUAUGAUGGUUCGUAUGCAGGUAGUCCUCACGAGUUAAUUUCGCAACCAUCUAGUGUACCUUUUCCAAGGACAGGACCAACUAGACGCACGAGUGUGACGAAUAUCCUUGUAUGCCGUCCGAAGAGAACGAAACCGAGCCUGUCUGAGUUCUUAGAAUUCGAUGAAAAUGAAUUCGAAAGUCAGAGACCUUAUAUCACUGGGCACAACAGGUUAUAUCAUCACACCGUUACUUGUCUACCUAUAUACCCCAAAGAGAUGGAUAUCGAUUCCGAAGGUGAAAACGAUCCCAAAUGGCUUCAAACGAAAACGAUGAUGAUGAUCGACGAUUUUACGGACGUGAAUGAGGGCGAGAAAGAGCUCAUGAAAAUGUGGAACCUGCACGUGAUGAAACACGGUUAUGUAGGAGACUGCCAGAUACCACUAGCUUGCCAAAUGUUCUUAGAAAGUAAGGGAAAGGAAUUGCUCAUGAAGAAUCUGUAUCGCAACUUCGUGCUGCAUAUGUGCAGUCUAUUCGACUUUGGUCUGAUUAGUCCGGUGAUAUUAUAUCAGACUAUACAGAAGUUGCAAGAGAUCAUGAAAGAGGGCGGCGAGGACGGGGAUGUGCGCAAAGUGCUGCAAAAGUCACACGAAGCCCAAGUGGAACACUGGAAGGCCACGGGCGCUCAGAUGCAAUUUGUGCAGCAGGACGCGUUCAAAGCUGGUAGUAUGGCGAGUGGCGCGAAGCUCAAUGAUGCCUCCUCGAGUUCGAAUGCUAGACGAAAGACUACAACGAACGUUUCUUUGCCGCUGGCCUCGCCCAGCACACAGAACAUUAAGAGCACGAUGCACAACAAUGUGCACAACGUCAGUACGUAAAUUAGUACGAUAGCGUGCGUCAUCGCCCAUUUGUCAAGACUGUCACGUUAGUUCGAUGACCGUUAUCGUUAAGAAUUUCGUUGGCCCUUUUGUCGUUCCUUGGCGGUGCGAUCUGCUUUGUGAUGAGGAGCAUCGUGCUGCAAAACAAUUCUGUAACCAGCAACGUGUGUUCAAUCGGAAUAGAGCGUGCUUUCGAGAAAGCAAUCGAACGAUCUACCGGCCAGGCGCAAAAGUACAAACUCUAUAGCGCAGUUGAUGCGGAAAAGUAACAUGAUUUUGCUGCUAGAAGUUGAUGUGAGUUGCGAGAGAGCUACUAUCAUUAAGUAUAAUCGGCGAAAAUUGGUUUUGGAUGCGACAACCAGCGAUGCGGCAUUGCCAUCGCCGCCAUCAUAAACCGUCCUCGAACGGAUAUAGUUUGUCAAAAGCUACCGCUCAUCGGUAGCAGUGAGACCGAUUUCGCGCGUUUUUAAUUCGAAAUGUGUAUUUUCUUCUUUUUUGUACAGUAUUUGUUGCAGUAAUUAUAAAUUUAAGAUACAAUUAAAAUUUAUCAAAUAAAACGAAUAAUAAUUGUUCUAUUGUUUUAGCUGCUGUUAUAUCGAUUUUCGAGAUUUAUGUUUUAAAACUUACGUGAAUAAUUACUGAGGUAAAUCAAGAAUAUUAAAAUGACAAAAAUAUUCGUAAACAAUUACUUAUUUUAAUUGCCUGUCUAUCGGUAAUCAUAAAUUAUAAACUAUAUCGAUAAAAGGUAUAUAUCUUGAUACUUCUCGCGGAUAUGUGAUUUUUAUCGAACUUACUUCUUCUUUGUAUUUUUUUUGUCUAGUCAGUAAUGUUUUAUUAUUUCACUUUUUUUUAAAUCUUUUAUUUACGUAUAUGUUAUAUAAUACGUCAUAUUUUACAUUUUCCAUAUACACCGCUAUGUCCGCAAUUGUUUUGCAAAACUCAUGCGAUUCCAGUUUGUUAUUCCAGAAAUAACGCAAAUUGUUUUGUAGCUAUUACAUAUGUAUGUAAUUGUAACAAAAAGAAGCAAAAUGAAGGAUUUUGCUUGUGUAAAUAUUUCUGGAAGAGACUAUAACGCGAGUACAGCAUAAAAUAACAUUUCUUAGUUGCACAUGCUGCUUGCAAGAUAACUCGAGAGAUUAUAAAAUGUCUUUCUAGACCCGAUUAGAUUAUUCUUUUAUACAGCGUGACAUAUGUUAAAUACGAUUAAUCGUGAUUAUAGCUAAAUUUGUUUUUGGAAGAAGUUAACGCUGUAUAUCGUGAAAAAAUAGUACGGUGUAACCGUUCGCAAUCUGAGAUUUUGCAGUAUAUAUAUAUAGAUUUAUAUAUAUAUAUAUACACAUAUAUACACACACACAUACACAAACACACACAUAUAUAUAUACAUAUAUAUAUAUAAACAUAUAUAUGUAUAUAAACUAUAUAUAAGUCUAAACACAAAUCUUUGUGAGGCUGUAAAUUAUAUACUUUACAUUUUCUACAUCAAGAAAGAAAGAGAGAGAGAGAGAGAGAGAGAGAGAGAAAGAAAG